AUGGGGGUACCAUCCUGUUUGACACCUGUGAAGGUUAAGCCAAUGGUUGUUUUUUCCAUUUUCCUGCGAUGUUUCAAAAGGCCUUACAUGCGCAUCUCACUGGAGGGUCACCCACAUGAAUUCAUUCCAACAGAAUCAAUCGUGCAGAAUGAAGAUGAAGAGGAUGACUGGUUGGAGCGGGCAUUGAUAAGGGAUCAAUUCAACCAAUCACAAAAGCUACAGCAAUAA